AUGAACCCGUUAAUAAGCGCAUGUCACCAGGCCAAUGAAUGGGGUGAGACAGCCACCUACAAAUGGGAUCCAGAAGAUUUUGAGGGUGUAUCCCUGCUAAAAACCUUUGAGUUUAACUUCUAUAUCGACACCAUAGACAUCAAAUCUGACAAAGCGAUCAUACUUAGAAAGAACGAAUGGAUACAUGAGUAUGACGGCAAAGCCUUCCGUACAAAAUACGGACGCUUUCCUGUUGGACCCGCACCCACAACAAAAAGUGUGGUAAUGCACUACUUAACGACUGAGAUCUUUAACUGCCGUGAAAUAAUCCAACUCAUAGACUCAGGAAUUAUCCCUCUAGAAUGGCGUGUCAUGGUGGCUGUGCCAAAAGAACGAGAGUUCAAAGAAGAGGAUGCAAUAUGCUAUGGGAAGAUGACUCCCGAAAUGAGGGCGUAUCAAGUGGUAACAGAGAAGAAUUUGGCUGACAUCAUCUUCCGUUACAUCAAACAUCAGUCAAUGACCUUAACAGAA